GGUGUCUCCUCUUCGGCUCAGCCAGAUGCAUCCCUUCUCACCUUGAUGGGCUUCCGGCUUGAGGGCAUCUUACCAGCAACUCUGCUGCCCCUGCUGCUGACCGUGAUCUUAUUUCUUGGCCCCCUUAUCCAACUGUCAAUGGACUGUCCCUGGGACCUGGUAGAUGGAUUAAAAGUUGCAUUUGACCCCAGUUUUUGGGUUCUCUGCCUCACCGACAUGCGCUGGCUCCGCAACCAGGUCAUCGCGCCUUUCACCGAAGAGCUGGUGUUCCGGGCCUGCAUGGUGCCCAUGCUGGUCCCCUGCACGGGGGUGGGUCUGGCCGUCCUAACCUGCCCCCUCUUCUUCGGAGUCGCUCAUUUUCAUCACGUUAUAGAGCAGCUGCGGUUCCGCCAAGGAAGCCGAGCCAGUAUUUUCCUCUCAGCAGUGUUCCAGUUCUCCUACACAGCGAUUUUUGGAGCCUACACUGCGUUCCUCUUCAUCCGAACAGGACACCUCAUUGGGCCCGUCCUCUGCCACUCCUUCUGCAACUACGUCGGAUUCCCUGCGGUGGGCGCAGCGCUGGAGCACCCACAGCGUUUCCUGGUGGCCUUCUUCUACCUGCUGGGUGUGGCUCUCUUCCUCCUCCUUCUCCUCCCCAUGACGGACCCGGCUUUCUUUGGACACCUGCCGAUCUGCUCCCUCUCCAGAUUGACCUCUCCUGCAAACAGCCUCAGGAGCUCGUCCUUGUGCUCCUGACACCCAGCUGGGACCUCUGCUGCGCACACACCCUCGGGUCCCUGGGGUGCACAGAAGGCAACACUCCACGCCCAAACUGGUUUCCAGAUGCUCUUCAUCUCCCAGCUCUUCCGCCUUUCUGCCCUGCAGCUGGGAAGGGCCGGAGCUCUGCGGUCCUCAGAGAGGCUCGUCACCUAAAUGCGUCUGCAAUGGACGUGUAGCCGUGCCGGCAUUCUUGCACACCUCCACCCUGAGCCAGCCAGCCCUUUUUCUAGAUCCCCGGGGUCCUUUUCCUCCAGGCCCUAAAGAGUUCUAUUUUUUAUUAAUAAAGUACUUUAAGGAG